AUGGAAGACGUUGAACAGAACCCAUUGGAUGAUGGGCAUGAGGUAACAGAAAUAUCAACUUUAGAAGCCAUAAAACAGAAUCUCAGAUACCUGAAUGCAGACCUUGAAAAAGAUCUACAGAAGCUGGAUGAGGCCAAUCAGAUUCUUCUCAGAAGGAUUCAAAAGAAAGAAGAAUCUAUAAAAAGUCUUGAAAGAGAUAUUGCCCUGUCCGUAGGAAGAGCCCCAGAGAGGGAUGACUUCAAUGAGAUCAUAAUAAUGAAGGAGAGUGCCCUGAAGGAGCUGGAGCUGGAGACAGCAAAGCUGGAGAAAAAGAACAAGAACCUAAGCAGGAAUGUGAUGGAACUCCAGAAGAAGAUUUCAAGAGGACUUAAGAGUGCUGGCCCUGAACCAGAAACCCUGAAGAAGAAAAUGGCAGAAUUGAAGGUGAAACUACAAAAUUCAACUGAGUCCUGUGCACAACAAGAGAAGGAAAUAGCCAAGAUGGAGAGUGACUACCAAUCUGUCUAUCAGCUCUGUGAAGACCAGGCCCACUACAUAAAGAAAUAUCAAGACAUUCUGAGGGAGAUGAAGAAGGAACAAGAAGUGAUGCUGCUUGAGAAAGAAAUGUCCAAAGCCCAGAAGGACUCUUCCCAAGUGGUGAGACCUGGCUCAACUCUGGUCGAGACCAUUCAAAGCAACAUGGAAAAGAACAUCAUUAAGAAACAGAAGAAGAAGUUUUUGCUUAGGCACUUCCGAUACCUUUUCUUCGUGAUUAUGAUCGUCAUUCGGCUACUGGGCUAUAUGUUUUUCCACCUGCAGUAUAUAAACCCCGACCUUCUCGUGGACACCCUGCCCGUGCUCAUGAGCAGAAGCAGCUUGAAGUGGCUAAGGGACUUACUGUUUCCAUUCCUCACUCUAGAGGUGGAAGAUGUGCUACCCCACUAG